AUGACAAAAUCUUCAAAGAAAUUGAUGCCAAAGAUGAGAAAUCAGGUUUUAAGAAACUGCAGAGGACCAGCUUCUAAAACUUCAACCGCUGAUAUUUCCUCAACUAUUACUGGUUACAACCCACAACUCACUAUACUUCCUGAAACCAACAACAUUAACAAUCAAUUUCAUCAAACAUUCAACCCUUUCAGCCAACCAAACAAAAUCUUUGCUGUAUCCAAUGGUAAAGUCACUGGUGUUGCUAUCAUUGCUCACACCAGCUGCAUCAAAAUCAACCCAUUCUGCUUGAUAAAAGUGGUAGAUUCAUUUUAUUCAAUGUCAAUUAUCAUCAGAGCCAAAGCCAGCCGCGAUCUACUGUUACUUCAAUCUGAAGAACAUUCUGUUCGUGACUCCAUUCGCAAGAUGAACCAGCAACUCCAUGGUGUCGGUAUAAAAUUCACCAUCGAAGAAGUAGCUGAUAUCAUCUUGUCGUCUAACCCGCAUAAAUCUCCCGGUCCUGAUGGUCUUGGUCUGUGGUUCUAUCGGGAACAUAUUGACACUAUCGCACCGCUACUGACCAAACUGUUCAACAAAGUGCUCACCGGUGAACAACAUAUCCCACAAGAUUUCAAAGUUGGUGUGAUCUUCAAGAAGGGCGAUGUCUAUGAUCAAACCAAUAGAAGACCUAUUACAUUGCUUAAUUGUGAUUAUAAAAUAUUGUCUAAAUCUAUAAAUGAACGUCUGAAACUGAUAUACCACGGAUUGCAACUGAGGUUGAGAAAGUCGUUAUCACGUUAUUUGUUUACUAUUUUAAAUAAUAAUUUCAUGAAUUAG